AUGGGUGGGGGAGGGAUUUUUGGUGGUUUUCGAGAGUGGGGAGGUGGUCUUAAGGGGUUUUCGAGUGGAGGAAGAGGUUUCAAGGGAAGGAGUGGUCGCCGAAAAACAGGAAAGGAGAUAAAGAGGGAGGUUGGGGAAUUGCAGCAGGAAAACGGGAAGGGAGAUAAGGAGGGGGGAAUUAGCGGCGCAAGGAGAGGGGGAAUAGCAGCACCUGGUGGUGUGGUUUUUGGAGUUUGGUUGGUGGCCGGAGUUAGAAAGGGUUUUAUUGGUGGUCGGGGUUGGGGUUUCAGGGAGGGGGUUGGGGGUUUAGAGAGUAGUGGCCGGAGCGGCGACUCCAGUGGUGGGGGAGGGCCGGAGUUCCGACGAGGGAGUUGGCUGGCUGGGCAGCAACUAGGAGUCAAAUUCAUGCUUUUACAAGUUCACUUGGGCAAAAAUGGCCUAAAAUGGAAUGUUAACGUUCCCAAAGUUGUUAUUUUCUUUCUAAAUUUCAAUCCAAUGAAUUAUAAUAAGAUUAUAUACCAUGUUUGUAUUGUUGGCAACUUGACAUAG